AGUGGCGCGAAACUUCAGCAACGAGCGGCUGUUGGUGGGAAGCGGACUAAUCCUGGUGGUUUUAGAAAACCUUUCCUAUCGAGGUUUGCUCGCUUCACCAUGGCUUGUGUGUCGCGCUCCAGGACUUCUCAGAGUGCUCAGCUGCUCUCAGAGGUAGUGACCACAGAACAGCAGUCCUUGAUUGCAGUGAAGAAGCUGCUUGCUGUAGCAGUAUCCUGCAUCACUUACCUCAGGGGCCUGUUUCCCGAAAAAGCAUAUGGAAGCAAAUAUGUAGAAGAGCAGAAAGUGAUGAUACUUAGGGAGGACCGAAGCUGCCCAGGGGCCAGACAAAUUGUUCAGUGGAUGCAUGGAUGCUUUGAUGCCCUUCAGAAAAAAUAUUUGCGAAUGGUUGUCCUGUCUAUUUAUACUGAUCCAGAGAAUCCACAGAAAGUCACAGAAUGCUACCAGUUUGGAGUACAGUACACUGAAAAGGGACCUCAAGUGGACUUUGAAGCCAACAAGAAAAUACUGAAGAUGGGCUCCAGUGACACAAGGAAAGGCAGCAUCCUUCUAGUUCGCAAGCUUUAUACACUAAUGCAGAAUCUGGGACCCUUGCCUGACGAUGUGUACCUCAAUAUGAAGCUCUCCUACUAUGAUGAUGUAACGCCUCAUGAAUAUCAGCCCCCUGGCUUCAAGGAGGGGGACAGUGAUGGCUUGGUGUUUGAGACAGAGCCAGUUCACCUGACCAUGGGGGAAGUAGUUACUCCCUUUCAUGUUUUGAAGGUGGAUGUCACCACAGAAAGAGAGAGGCUAGAACAGAUAGACGGCAAGGAGGUCCUGUGUGAUGUUGAAAAAAACACCCUUCAGAUGGAGCAGAAGCAGAAGACGUUCAUAAACAAAGUUAUGCCUAUCAUACAGAAUUAUUCAGCAGUGAAAAUGGACAACAGUGAUAACCAGAUUGACAUAAAAACUUCAGUGCAAGUGAGCUGCCAAGAACAGAAGAUCUAUAAAGAGACAAAGGACAAUUCACUGUGUUGUCAGAAGGCAGAAAAUGAGGAAUGCAGCACUGCCAGGAAACACAAGACAAAGGAAAAUGAACUGAAGUCUCCGUUCACACUCCCUGUUAGCCAAGAAGCCAGCAUACCUAAACGGCGCAAGUUCAGUGAGCCCAAGGAACGCUACUGACUGCUGGAGGAGGACUGCCUGCUACUCUCCCACUGAUUUAUGUUGACACUACUUUUCCUAGCUCCACUAUUAGAAAAAAAUGACCAGUUAUACAGGCUUCUAAUGUUAAAACAGCAAUUUAUAUAUGUUACUUCUGUGACAGCUGUAUAUGUUUGUAAUUCUGUAAAAUUAAAGAGAAGCUUAAUCUUCAGAUUUAAACCUGGGAGUAAUAUGAUACAUAGUGAAAUGGUCCCAGUGUCUUAAAAAAGGUAGAAAUAUCUGCAGUUUCAUUUAUGUGUUAAAGAUAUAAAUUUCCUUGUUUAAUCAUAUUGUUUACCCUUAAGAUUAAGAAAAAGUUGUAAAAUAAUAGUUGUAUUUUUGCCCACACUAUGUACACAACUUAUUGCAUGUGCAACUAAUAAUUUGGAAACAUUGACAGCUUAUUGUAAGUUGAAGCUGGUCCUCAUUGAAGGGAAAGAAAAAUGAAAUUUGUACUCGUGGAUGUGGUGACCCACAGUUUUUCUUUCUUGUUUAUUUUUUUAUUGUUUUCUGCUUAAAGAGUUUCUUCUUUUAUAAAUUUAUACAGUUUAAAUUGAGCCUGGGAGAUUUAAGAUGAAAUUUAGAUUUUGGUUAACACAGUAAAUUAAGAUAUAGCACUUCAACGCAGAUGUGA